AUGUAUACAAAUCUCCACCAGCACCAUAUAGAUGUAUACAAGUCUCCUCCUCCAUCACCUUAUGUCUCCUCUUCGUUGCCAUUGUCACCACCAUAUGUAUACAAGUCUUCGCUACCAUCUUAUGUCUACUCUUUGCCGUCACCACCAUAUAAGUCUCCACCAACACCACCUUAUGUCUACUCAUCCCCACCUCCACCAUUCGUUUAUAAGUCUUCACUUCCACCACCCUAUGUUGGUGACAACCACCACCUUAUGUAUACUCUUCACCCUCCACCUCUCCCAUGUGUAUACAAGUCUCUAUCACUCCCACCUUAUGUAUAUUCUUCACCACUUCCUCCAUAUGUAUACAAGUCUCUACCACAACCACCCUAUGUUUAUUCUUCACCUCCACCACCAUACAAGUAUCCUCCUCAUCACCUUGUUUACUCUUUACCGCCGCUGCCGCCACCACUAUACGUAUACAAGUCUCCACAACCACCAUUUUAUGUUUACUCAUCCCCACCACCACCAUCAUAUGUUUAUAUGUUUCCACCACCACAACCUUAUGUCUACUCUUUGUCAUCGUCGCCACCAUAUGUAUACAAGUCUCCACCAACACCUUAUGUAUACUCUUCACCGCCACCUCCCCCAUAUGUAUACAAGUCUCCACCACCACCAUAUGUAUAUUCUUCACCACCACCUACCCCUUAUGUAUACAAGUCUCUACCACUACCGUCAUGUGUCUACUCAUUCCCACCACUACCACCACCCUGUAUACUAUUCACUAUCGCUGCCACCAUUUGUAUACAAGUCUCCACCACCACCACCUUAUAUUUGAAAGGAUACGAGAUAUCUGAAAGUGCGAGGUCGAAAUUAUUGGUUGGUUUGGAGAGCAUUUUAAAGUGUGAGAUGGAGGUCGGGUAA